AGCAGGAGUGAGAACCUGACGCUUGAUCCACUGCGCUCACAAAUGUUCCUGUGCUGUAUCAAGAGAGGUAGGGAAGUCUUGAGAAGAGAAGCACUGAGGGAGCAGCUAGCUUCCUAGUCUCCCUUGUUUUUUUUUAAGCAAGUCACUUCUGGAUAUUUAGUACGGUAUCUGAAGAAGAAAUAUUGAGCUCUGGCGUCGGUUGGGAAGCGACUGCCAGAGGAGGAGAUAUCUGGAUGAAGUAGUGCUGGAGAGGGUCAGUGGUCAUGGUGACUGCUCAGUCUGGCGUUUUUUGGUGAAUGGCCUAGGGCUUGCUGUGACCAUGCGUUGCCUGGCAGCCCGGGUCAACUACAAGACCCUGAUCGUCAUCUGCGCCCUUUUUACCCUUAUCACUGUGCUGCUGUGGAAUCGCUGCUCCAGCGACACCGCUCUGCACUUCCUGCCCCGGGCUCCCCCGGUGCCACCCAGCCCCAAGGGCGGAGAUGCCAGCAUCAGCAGCCAGCAGCAACAGCCUCCGCAGCCUCCUGAACCACCGCCCGUAGUGGGUGGGAUCAAGUACGAAGAGAUUGACUGUUUGAUCAAUGACGAUGUUACGAUCAAGGGUCGAAAAGAAGGUGGGGAUGUGUACUUUCCCUUCAGUUGGAUGGAGAAGUACUUUGAGGUGUACGGGAAGGUGGUGCAGUAUGACGGCUAUGACCGCUUUGAGUUCCAGCACAGCUACUCAAAAGUGUACGCCCAGCGUGAGCCUUACCACCCUGACGGAGUGUUCAUGUCCUUCGAGGGUUACAACGUGGAGGUGCGCGACCGCGUCAAGUGUAUCAGUGGAGUGGAAGGUGUGCCCCUCUCCACCCAGUGGGGCCCCCAGGGCUACUUCUACGCCAUCCAGAUUGCCCAGUACGGUCUGAGCCACUACAGCAAGAACCUGACGGAGCGCCCCCCCCACGUGGAGGUGUACGACACGGCCGAAGAGAGGGACAGCCGGCCGGCCGGCCCAGGCUCCUGGAGUGUGUCCAAGGGCUGCAGCCUGACGCGAGUCCAUGACAAGGGGCGGGCCACCUCCGUACGACAGUUCAGCGCGCCAGAAAACUCUGACGGCAUCUCGCUCCCAUUGGGCAACUCCAAGGACUUUAUCAUCUCCUUCGACCUGAAGUUUACCUCCAACGGCAGCGUGUCAGUGGUCCUGGAGACCACGGAGAAGGGCGCGCCCUUCGUCAUCCACUACAUCACCACCAGUCAGCUCAUUGCCUUCAAGGACCGUGACAUUACCUACGGCAUCGGGCCACGUGGCGCUUGGACCACAGUGACCCGCGACCUGCUUACUGACCUUCGAAAGGGAGUGGGUCUGUCCAAUACUAAGGCUGUUAAGGCCACCAAGAUAAUGCCCAGGCGUGUGGUGCGUAUGGUGCUUCGUGGGCGCGGUGCCAUUGACAACAUCACCAUCUCCACAACGGCGCACACUGCUGCCUUCUUUGCUGCCAGUGACUGGCUGGUGCGUAACCAGGACGAGCGCGGCGGUUGGCCCAUCAUGGUCACCCGCAAGCUGGGCGAGGGCUUCCGCCCGCUGGAGCCCGGCUGGUACUCGGCCAUGGCCCAGGGCCAGGCCAUGUCCACACUGGUCAGAGCAUACCUGCUAACCAAGGACCCGUCAUACCUCAACGCCGCCCUCAAGGCAGUAGGACCCUACAAAAUGCCCUCUGAGCAGCACGGAGUCAAAGCCGUCUUCAUGAACAAAUACGACUGGUACGAGGAGUACCCCACCACGCCCAGCUCCUUCGUCCUCAACGGCUUCAUCUACUCCCUCCUUGGACUCUACGACUUGGCCGAGACAGCGGGCGACAAGUUGGGGCGUGAGGCAGGACAGCUGUUCAGCCGGGGCAUGGAGUCUCUGAAAGCGAUGCUGCCCCUCUAUGACACAGGCUCGGGGAGCAUAUAUGACCUGCGGCACUACAUGUUGGGCACAGCACCUAACCUGGCGCGCUGGGACUACCACACCACGCACAUUAACCAGCUGCAGCUGCUGGCGUCGGUGGACAAUGCGCCCAUCUUCAGGGACGUGGUGAAGCGCUGGAAGAGCUACCUAAAAGGAGGUCGCGCCAAGCACAAUUAGGGGAAACCCCCUACCCCCUUGACUCCUAGAUUGAAUCAAAUGCUUGACUUGGGGACGUGAGGGCAGGGGAGUUUUAUCACUUCAUGGGGGUAUCUUGUAUGUAACUCGUCUACAUGGGUUUGUGGGUGACCUCCUAAGAUUGGGCAGAGAGGGCGAGGAUUGUGUUCAGUCAAUUGCAGUCUCCGAUGCAGAGAACUUUCUCUUGCGGUAGUUUGUUUUUGCAGCUUUGCUGCGCUUCUCUUUUCUGAGCUAGUGGUUGUAAUUAAGUACAGCCGUAGCUUCAGGGAGUGUUUGUGUAUGUAGAGCAGAAAUUGGUUCAAAACAACUAUUCUAAACAAUGUUAAGAAAGAAGAAUGGAGGGGAUUUUAUUCAACCGCUUCUUACAUUUCUAUUACAAGUCUCUCCUCCAAGUGUAUUUUUUUACAGUCGUUCCUGUGUUUUGAAUAGCUUACAAGAGACAGUACUGUAAAUAAUAGAUUAAGUGUGAUAUAAAUUAUUUGGAGGAGAGACUUAACCAAAAAGAAAAAAAGUUUUUCAAAUUUAUUACAUAUUUAUAACUUGCGCGUUCAGAAUUGUACUUCUCCAAACUAUUUUGUAAACCCCCACUUAAUUACAUCUACCAAGGUCUUCCUGGCAACUCAAGAUUCCUCACUUAUAAUAGCUUCCUUGUGUGGGAAAUCACACCAACCCCCGCUCCCCCCCCCCCCCCCACACACACACACACACACGCUCACACACACACACUAUACCAACUAUAACAUUGGGGGAAAUGAAAAUCGGACUCGAGCUCAGGCCACCCUCUGACCUCAUAUCCGAGCAGGUCAUUAACAGUCCACUCCUCCCUACUUCCUCGUCACAGGCUCACCCCUCAUGAACCCCUGUCGACAGGAGCGUGCGGCCUGAACGCUUCACAGGCCUCAGCAGGGCAGCACUCGGGUCCGCAUGAUUGCGGUGAGACCAGGCUGUGUUCCAGCUGAGCGAUGAAGAGGCAGCUGCAGCAUUCCCUGAAGCCUGGCCACAAUAUGGCCUCCAUGAUGAUCCAGGUGAUCCAGCACCAUCGUUCAUAUACUGCCGUGGAGACGCUGGGUGAAGACUAGCUGGGGGAGUAAGUUAGCUUUUGAAAAAGCAAGCUAGCCUUUUCAUUGAGGUAGCAGAGGGCUGACAUUUACUCGCAGCCUGGAGUGAGUUAGCCCUUCCGUUUUGCAUAUCACUGUCGCCAGUAAAUAGGGCCGAGAGUCUGAGAAGCAGUGGGAGUUGAUCAGUUACUCUUCGUCAUUUAUAGUCCUCUUCUUUUUGUGUCUUAAUCCGUGACUGGAAAGAAAGGGAAUCCAUAGUGAAGUUCUUCCUCUGGCAGAUCUAAAUACGAGUCAUCCCAGUUCCAUCAUUCUCUGUGCACUCGUCUCGAUGAGUGGUGGAGUUAGCCGAUUGGGCCCGACCACGUUGUUCACCAACAUCUUUCAGUUUCUUAACAAGAACGUCUUUCUGAAUGCUGCCUUAAUUCUUGACCCGCAAACUCAUUCAAAGAGACACUUGCUAAGGGGGGUUGUAAUGACAGGAAAUCUGUGGGCUCACUUAAUCCCCAAGAUGGCCUGUUGACAGGUGAAUGAGAGAAAAGAGUUGCAGAGCCACCUCCAAAUUCAGUCAGUUAAAAGGUUGGAGAGCCACAGCAUCAACCUGUGAGUCAGCGCACUCCGGCUAUCUCCCUGCUAAACAAACAGUCUGUGGGACUAGCUGAGGGGGGGCCUACUGCCCCAGGCAGGGUUUGAUGAUGAUUUGAAGGUUUAGUAGUUGUACUGGGUAUUUAGCAUUGCCCUCGAGUUUAUGUCGAGUGAGGAUUUACAAAUAUGCUUGGUUCAAGGAAGCACUUUUUUGUUUUUGUUUCCCAAAUGUUUGUCAAUCAGUCUCAUCAAUGGCACACCAAACAGGGAAGUACACAAUUGUUUCAUUGAUGUGUGAUGUGUUCAGACACUACCAUCUACCCAUAUACAUUUGAAGUUGAUUUCCAAUGAGGUCUGUGAAAUCACUGGUAGUCAAGGUGCAACUGGUCAAAAUAAAUUCACUUAACUUUUCUUUAAAAAAUAUAUUUUAUUGAUCACACAAUUUAUUUUGAUCACACAUCUUCUGUGAUGCUCUUCCUGUUUAAUACCUGAGGUGGAGGCAGAUGAUUGGCUAUUAAGAUAUUCAACUUUGAAGCUUCUAUUUCUAUCGGUUAGAAGGGACGUACUGCAUUAUAAUCCCAUUCUUGUUUUCUUUGCUCCUCCAAGGUUGGUCAUUUCAUAAUGUCAUUUCUGCUCAUGAAUAUGAUUAUGCAUAGUUCCUACUAAGUAUGGAGUAACACAUCUAUAAACGGAACUUGCAUAGUUACCAAUUGAGAGUGUAUUGUAAAGAGAGCUUCAUUUUCAUGCAUACCAAAGCUUUUAAUUAAAUUCAAGGUCAUUUUCAAUGGUGUUUUUGUUGUAUUUUAUGAAUAUAUUUGUGCUAAUGUCCAUGAUGCAUUUGUUUAGAGCAAACAUAGAUGCUCAACAUGUCCGUAGACGGCAUACAGGAAAGCUUAAAUGAGCGUGUUGGUCUGCCUUCCCUCUGUCAGGCGACAGAAACUUUAACUGCCUUUUUGACAAAUGUUUGUUUUUGAAAUGACAAGUUAAGUAGGUCUAGCAAAGAGAAAAUAUGUAAACUCAGCUGUCUAAGGGGAUGUGUGCAACAUUACAACUAGCGUUUAGAUUUCUAUUUCAAAGGGAAAAAUAGGAUCAUACCUUUGUACCCCGCUUGAGGGUUGAGGGUUUUUACAAACUUUAUUUUAAUGUUUAAAUUAUGGAAUCAUUCAGCUAGGGUAAGCUUUUGUUAUUUUGGAUAGAGAGUAAAGCACAGAAGCACAAUUGCAUCAGUUGUUUUUAUGUUUUAGUUUCUUGUGGACAAUGUGCAACGCCUUCCUCUUGAACGCUGCUAUUGUUGUUAACUGUGUAACAAGAUGAUUUUUGGAAGAUCUGUUUUACUUUAUUUUCUCCUUACAUCUUGUUUUCCCCCACCCCCACUAUCCUGUAAAUUGGCAUGUGCAGAUCUGGUCACAUGACUUAUGCAAUAAAAUGUUACUGGGUCCUAUUGCCGUGGGAUACCCAGAGAGCGGUUGGACAGACUUUGCAAUCCAAGCACAAUGUGCACAUGCUACCAUUUUUGUAUGCAUAAGAAAGUGUUUAUAUAUAUAUAUAUACAUAUAUAUAUAUACAGAGAGAGAGAAAGAAAGUAAAUCUUUGUGCUUAAAAUUGCUUUCUAAAGUUGUAAAAUAAAGGUUUUUUUCUUAAGUCAAAGUACAAUGGCCUCUUUCUGCAAGCAUAGAGAAGUAUAGUAGAGAAACUUUAUUGUUCACUUUCAAGUAGAGACAUAAAAAUCAGUAUGGCCUACUUGUAUAAUUUUUAGGCACUAAUGUGGACUUCUGCCUCCCUCCCCUCUACCUACUUUUCUCUUUGGCACAAUCCAUUUAGUUAGGUCGAUGUAUUUUCAACAUAUGACGCAUUCAAAUUGUUGGGGGGGCUUUAGAUUAUAUAUUAUUAUAUUAUAUCUACAUCCAUUUUUAGGGCUUUAAACAAUUUGAGAUUUUAUUUGGGGUGUCAUUUUCAGAGUCAUGUACACAAAAUAUUAUAUUUCUUUCAAAAUUGCAGUGUUAACACUAUUACCAUAUCAAUUUGAUUCAAUUAAAAUAGACACAUUGUGUCUCAUAAACAAUUACUUUCUUUACACACAAAACAUCCAGUCUUAAUUCAUUCCUUUUUUGACAUUUUCAAGCAAAAAGUUAACCACACAUGCACAUAAUCACACAAUCUCUCCCCCCGUCUGCAGCCUCCCUCCCAUCCAACACUAAUAAUAUGAAGUCUCCCUCUGACGGGGCCUUUGUCUCCCUCCUUCCCUCAAACGAGGCCAAGCCCAGACUCCAGGCCUUUGUGUCUUUAUUGGCUCUCUUCGGUGCCAUUCUCCUCGUCCCUUAGUGCCUUUCAGAUGUCAUUGAGACUAUUGUGAUACCAUUAGAGGAAUUUAUGAAGCUUCAGAGCCAGGAGGCAGAGGCCUUAGAACGCCUCAUAUUAUGGUGAAUCUGAUCAGAUUAGCUCAGGGUUGAACCCACCAUCAUUGAGUUUGGGAUCCAGUGGGAAAAGUGCAUUUGGGAUGGAGGCUUGGGUCCAUGAAAGGUGACUGUGUGGAUGAAUGGAGUUUACAGAAAGAUGAAGAUGGAGAAGGUCAAUACCACUGUAGCUUUAUUGGAGGCCAUUUUGGGAGAUGUCACUCUAAUUUUUCAGACUCAAAUGAUUUACAAUUAAUUGUGUCUUUAAAUGUUUUUCCUUUUAUAUGGGAUGUUUCAGACAGAACUAUUUGUGCAAAAACUAAGACUUGUGGAUGAUCCAUUUUGGUUUGCUUAAUAAAUAAUUGGGAGAAGA